AUGACCGUUGAUAAGAAGUGUGUCGUUAUUAGUACUGGGUCGCACCGCACCGUGGCCGGGUUUAACAAUGUUGAUCUUCCUCAGUGCACGAUUCCAUCUAGUUAUGUGAGGGUGUUGCGUGAUGACGAUGUUAGCAUGGAUGAUGGUGAAGAGGACGAAUCGAGGUAUGAGUAUGUUUUCGGGUUGUUUGAUAUGAUGGAUGAGGCAGCGUUUGAUGUGAACGGUAAAGGUGGACGCGAAGUGUUCACGAUUGUGGAUGACCACGGUAUUCCGUACAAUUGGAAGGCGCUGGAGAGACUGUACAGAUAUAUAUACGAGAAGGAGCUCAAGGUCGAUCCUAGCGAGUUGCCCUUGGUUAUAACGCUGCCAUCGAUGACUAACCGGGAGCUAGAGACUAAGAUUGUCGAGAACUAUAUGGAACUCGCGUUUGAGAAAUUAAAAGUGCCAGUAUUGCAGAUCGUUGUGGAGCCUCUGGGGAUAAUGCUGUCCACUGGUAAGAGUUCUUCCUUGGUGAUUGAUGUAGGUGCAACUGGUUGUACUGUAACUCCAAUUAUUGACGGUACCAUCCUUAGAAAUAGCAUAGUCAAGUCUCGCUUUGCCGGAGACUUCCUGGAUUUCCAAACACAUAAGAAACUUGAAGAGUUAAAGAAGAGAGUAGCAAAGGAUGACAUGGAAACAGAUGGCAUGGAGGAAACCCCACAGAGCUCUUUACAAGUCUGGUUAAAUGCCAAUACAUCUAUCCACGAAUUCAAGACCUCCAUGGUGUCAGUAUUUGACAAAGAUCUUAAGGAAGUGGAGAAGUAUUACGAGGAGCAGAUGAGAUUAUACAGACAGCAACAAGAAAGAAUGGCAGAGCAACAAAACUCUCAGACCCAGCAAAUGAAUCAAUACACAAUUCCAAUGAACAACCCUAAUAUUAAUAACCCACUCGUACAAAAGCAAAACUACCUACUACGUGUCAAGGAUAACAAGACUGGAGCCAUGAUCAAUCGUACUGUACAAGUAGAAAACAAAGAACUUUAUGAGAUUGCAGAGUACUUGUUCCAGCCUAAGUUGGCAUCAGAGGAUUUCUCUAGCAAGGAUGGUUUAGGUGAGUUAAUCGGUAAGGCGAUAAAGAAGAGCGGUGCCAGUGUCAAUUCCAACACUGCUGGUACACAGGUCAGUGGCAGUGGCAACUCCAGCGGUGGGAACAGUGGUCCACAAACUAACGGGCCCUUGAUUCCAUUGAACGGAUACAGUUCGAUAGGGUUUGGUACAUCGGCCACAGGCGCUGGGAGUGAUGGAUCUGCUACCAAUAACAUCACGCCCGAGCACGUUUACUCGCUGUUGCUAACCAAUGUCAUCAUCACUGGUGGCACAUCAUUAAUCGAUGGUAUGGAACAGAGAAUAAUAAGAGAGUUGUCUAUACGAUUCCCACAGUAUAAGCUAAGCACAUUUACGAACCCUGAUCAGUUACAAAGAUCGUUACAAGCAUGGAAUGGUGCUGUCUCCUUGAGCAACUUACCGAAAUGGGGGUUGACACAGUGGUUCACUAAGGAGGACUUCAACAACCACAAACUAAAGAAAGAUAACAACAAUGUGUCCCAGUAG